AUGGCCGCUGUCCAAGGAAGAAUAAAUGGAUCUCUGUGUGCUUCUUCCCAGUUGCCUAUAUUGGCAUCAUCGGUGGUCAGCCUCUACUUCCUGGAGCUCACGGAUGUCUUCAAGCCUGUGCACUCUGGAUUCAGCUGCUAUGACCGCAGUCUCAGCAUGCCGUACAUUGAGCCCACCCAGGAAGCCAUUCCAUUCCUCAUGUUGCUCAGCUUGGCCUUUGCUGGACCUGCAAUUACGAUUAUGGUUGGAGAAGGAAUUCUCUACUGUUGCUUGUCCAAGAGAAGAAAUGGGGUUGGCCUGGAACCCAACAUUAAUGCCGGAGGCUGCAACUUCAACUCAUUCCUUAGAAGAGCUGUCAGAUUCGUUGGUGUUCAUAUAUUUGGGCUAUGCUCCACAGCUCUCAUCACGGACAUCAUUCAGCUAUCCACAGGGUAUCAGGCCCCUUACUUUCUGACUGUGUGCAAACCAAACUAUACCUCUCUGAAUGUGUCCUGCAAAGAAAAUUCCUAUAUCGUGGAAGAUAUUUGCUCGGGAUCUGACCUUACAGUUAUCAACAGUGGCAGAAAGUCCUUUCCUUCUCAACAUGCGACCCUCGCUGCAUUUGCAGCCGUGUACGUUUCGAUGUACUUCAAUUCCACAUUAACGGAUUCCUCUAAGCUUCUGAAGCCACUCUUGGUCUUCACAUUUAUCAUCUGUGGAAUCAUCUGCGGGCUAACACGGAUAACCCAGUAUAAGAACCACCCAGUUGAUGUCUAUUGUGGCUUUUUAAUAGGAGGAGGAAUUGCACUGUACUUGGGCCUGUAUGCUGUGGGGAACUUUCUGCCUAGUGACGAGAGUAUGUUUCAGCACCGAGAAGCCCUCAGGUCUCUGACAGACCUCAAUCAAGACCCCAGCCGGGUUUUGUCUGCUAAAACUGGUAGCAGCAGUGAUGGCAUCGCUCACACAGAAGGCAUCCUCACCCGGAACCACAGAGAUGCCAGCUCGUUGACAAACCUCAAAAGGGCGAAUGCUGAUGUGGAAAUCAUCACUCCACGGAGCCCCAUGGGGAAGGAGAACAUGGUCACCUUCAGCAAUACCCUGCCCCGGGCCAACACCCCCUCUGUCGAAGACCCUGUCCGAAGAAACGCGGCCAUUCAUGCCUCUAUGGAUUCUGCUCGGUCCAAGCAGCUCCUCACCCAGUGGAAGAAUAAGAACGAAAGUCGGAAGUUGUCCUUGCAGGUCAUAGAGCCUGAGCCUGGACAGUCCCCACCCAGGUCCAUAGAAAUGCGGUCGAGCUCAGAGCCAUCAAGGGUAGGGGUGAAUGGAGACCACCACGGUCCUGGCAAUCAGUACCUCAAGAUCCAGCCUGGUGCUGUCCCCGGCUGUAACAACAGCAUGCCCGGGGGUCCAAGGGUGUCUAUCCAGUCCCGCCCUGGGUCCUCACAGUUGGUGCACAUCCCCGAGGAGACACAGGAAAACAUCAGCACCUCCCCCAAAAGCAGCUCUGCCCGGGCCAAGUGGUUAAAGGCUGCCGAGAAGACGGUAGCCUGUAACAGAAGCAACAGCCAGCCCCGCAUCAUGCAGGUCAUCGCCAUGUCCAAGCAACAGGGUGUCCUCCAGAGCAGCCCCAAGAACACAGAAGGCAGCACGGUCUCCUGCACGGGCUCCAUCCGCUAUAAGACUUUGACAGACCAUGAGCCCAGUGGGAUCGUGAGGGUUGAGGCUCACCCGGAGAACAACAGGCCCAUCAUCCAGAUCCCGUCCACCGAAGGAGAAGGCAGUGGCUCCUGGAAGUGGAAAGCCCCUGAGAAGGGUAGCCUUCGCCAGACCUAUGAGCUCAACGACCUCAACAGGGACUCGGAGAGCUGUGAGUCCCUCAAAGACAGUUUUGGUUCCGGAGAUCGCAAGAGAAGCAACAUUGACAGCAACGAGCAUCACCACCAUGGGAUCACCACCAUCCGCGUCACCCCAGUGGAAGGCAGCGAAAUUGGCUCAGAGACGCUAUCGGUCUCUUCCUCCCGCGACUCCACCCUGAGGAGAAAAGGCAACAUCAUUUUAAUCCCUGAAAGAAGUAACAGCCCCGAAAACACUAGAAAUAUCUUCUACAAAGGAACCUCCCCCACACGGGCUUAUAAGGAUUGAGUGACGCCACUCCAUUCUUUGGGCCACUCCCAAGAGACCGUGUGUUGACUCGACCGUGCUCUUUUCCAGAGAUCUGAGAAGUGUCACCCAACUAGACUGUCUACCAUCGGUCUGGAAUUCUGUAACUUUUGAGAACUUCUAGACUCCAACUCGUAGGUUUCACACCAAGGGGAGGGAAAAGCACAAUGCAAGAGCCUAACUCAUUUGAUAACGGAAGAGAUUUCUUAAGACCUGUCGUCAGACUCAAAAGGUUUUGCAGAGAGCAGUGUCAAAAGAAAGUGGUUUCCUUCCAGUGUACACUAUCUUAUUUCCUGAAUGUGCCAACUUUGGGGAUUUUUUCUUUAUAAUUAGCUGUGGGAUCCCAGAACACACAGGUCUUCCCUACAGCAGAGGCCAUGCAGUAUUAUAUAUUCGUUUUGCAGAAUCUGCACCAAGAGCUCAAUACGGGUGGUGCUGAUUAUUCUAGUACAUAUACCAUGUAAACUCUCGAACUCUAUUUAGCCGUGAAGUAGUGGUGUGCAAUUCCUUGUCGAAGAAAUGCUAGUUUACUAAGAAGAUGCUGGCUGCUUUGUGUUAGAGUAGGACACCCCGCAGCUUCUCUGUAGUGGCUCUGUCUCAGUCCCCAAAUGAAAAGGUUUAUGUGGAUUUCUUCAAAUUUCUGCUUUCUUCAACAUCAAACGUUGUAUAGGAGUAUUUUCAGUGAAAGGGAAUAGCUAGUACUUUUCUGCAUACUUUUUCUGCAUACUUUUUCUGCUGCUUACUUUUUAUUUAAGUACAGGGACUGCUAGUGAAUCUGUUUUUUAGUGAGUACGUUGGCAUACGUUUAUAAAUAUAUUGUUUUAGAGAAUCUUUUGAAGCUGUUGUGAUCAUAUUUUGCUUUGUAUGGCUUCUCCUUUAUUUACUGAUUAUAACUUUUUUUGAUGUUAUAGAUAUGUUAUCCUAUUUUCAAAAUCAAAAGUUGCAAUCGACAUUCCUUAAGCAAAGUAUACUGCUGUGAAUUUAAUAUAAACAAGAAAUCUGAGCCAAAACUAUUGAUAUGAUAUUGUAGGUUACGUUGCCAGAAACGUUGGUCAAGUUGACCCUGAGAUGUCUCUAAUCAGCUGGCUUAGGUUGCCAUCUUAACAAGUAAGCUGAACAUUCCAUUUGGUUCCAGACUAUUAAACUUUUUUAAAAUAUCCUGAUAACCAGUAAAUCAGAGCCACCAUGGGCAAGUUUGGUCCUCUUCUCUAAAAUACUUUUAUUAAUUGGAAUUAAUUCUUGCAAGAGGAAUAAUUUGAAAAAAAUGCUUAUUGAUAAGUAAAAGUAUCUCACAGUAUAAAUCAAAAAUAUAUUUAUUCAAAAUAGCAGAAUAGACACAGUUUUAGCUUAACACACAAACAACAAUUUUGCUACCUACCCUGAAUCAAGCCUUGAGCCUAAAUCAAAAGAAACCAAUACCAUUGAUAGUAAGAAGAUUAAAACAAAGUAUUUUGAAGUGCUUUUUCUGAC